AUGAAACAAUAUUGGGAAUUUAAAAAGAAUGAUUUAAUACAAAUAUUAAUGGUUGGUAUUCAACAAGGUUGUAGUGGGAAAGGAUUUGUUACGAAACUUCAUCAGAUUCUGUUCGAUCGUUGUCGUCAACGUGGAUUUAAACAUAUAUUUGUUGAAGUUGCAAACCCAGCUACAUAUUAUAUUUACACGAAGAAAUUCAAUGGAAAAGAAUUUGCAUCAAUUUCUUUAUCAAAAUUUAUCUCGAAUGAUGGUCGAAGACCAUUUGAAGGUUAUGAUGGCGAGAUACAGUUAAUUGUUUUUGAUCUAUAA